AUGGGAGAACACGCAGCCAUACCACAAGAUGCCAUGAUGCAAAUGAUGCAAACCCUAUCGAAACAACUAGAAGGGUUUGGCGAAAGGAUAGGUUGUUUGGAGCAGCCUCAGCCCAGAGCUGAAGCUGAACCAGUUCAGCUUCGAAGGAAUGCCCGUGAAGAGGAAGAAGACUCCCUUGACCUGGAUGACGACGAUGAUCCACCACCUGAUCCAUUAAGGCGUCAACAUCAGCGGAGAGAAGAUCCCUUGAUGAGGAACCGAAAAUCAAAUCCAGAGGUUUACAUGGAUUGGGAGAAGAGGAUGGAAUACAAAUUCCAAUGUUAUGGAUAUGGAGAACCCCGAAAAGUAGCCUUAGCAUCGGCACAACUCACCGACAACGCCUUAUCUUGGUCGGAUAGGACAGUGGCCGAGAGGAGGAGGCAAAGAUUUGCUCCCAUCAACAAUUGGGAAGACAUGAAGUACCUCUUGAGGUUGAGGUAUGUUCCUUAUCACUAUCAUAGAGACUUACAAAAACGUUUUAGAAAAUUGUCUCAGGGAACAAGGACCGUGGACGAGUAUUUUGAGGAGUUUGAGAAACUCAUGAACUCUUUGGAGUUAGAAGAAUCCAGCGAGUCAUUGAUGGCUCAAUUCAUUGACGGGUUGCAAGAGCGUAUAACCCGAAAAGUGGAGACGUCCAACUAUAGCUGCCUACAUGAACUACUUCACAAGGCUGUACAAGUGGAUCAACAAAUCAAGCGUAAGAUGUCUAUGAGCAAUCGUACCAGGAGUAGUAAACCUUGGAACGCAAGUAACAACCGAGGCAUAGACAAAGGCAAAGCUAUAGACAACGAUUCUCGAUUCAAGAAUAAGUCUAGUGAAGCGCCUAAGAUCACCAAGCCUGAACCAGGUAAGUUUCCUAGCACUAGUCAAUCUCGUACCCGUGACAUUACUUGUUUUAAAUGUCAAGGUAGAGGACACAUGGCGAGAGAGUGUCUGAACCAACGAGUGAUGAUUCUCACUGCUAGUGGAGACUACGAGUCUCAAGAUGAGCAAGAUGAGAACCUGAAUGAUCCAGAGGAAGAUGUGGAGUAUCCUGAUGUAGGAGAACUCCUUGUGAUCCGACGUAUGCUGAGCGUGUAUAUCAACCCCGAGGAGAAAGUUCAAAGAGAAAAUAUCUUUCACACUCUUUUGCACAAUCAAUAA